AUGUCUUCAUCUGAAAAAGGUAUUUAUCGACUUAUACCCUAUCGAUUUUUCAUCAAUGGCGCCGAAGCAGAUGUGUGUAAACUGGAAAAAUUAACCAAUUUGUUUCCUGAUCUGAAAGCGAUCAUUGAAUUAGAAUCAUUCAAGUUCAAUAAUCUAAAUCGGAUGAUCGAACGAUUAUCACAAAUCUAUUCGGUUUCGACAGUAAUUGAUAUCCGUGACGAUACUUAUCAUGUCUUUCUGGGCCCCUAUCAUCUGUCGCUCGGUCCAGCGAUCUUCGGUGCAUUUCAAUUUAAGAAUAUCUCCACUGCCUUGUUGACAAGUUCAAGUGUAAGAACAUCGGGCGAUAAUACGAGUCAGUCACAGAAACGAAGGCAUGAAGCAGUUCUUCGACGUUUCCGACGUGCUGUACGAAAGUUGAUUUUAAUCAAGUCUAUGAUCGAUAAACUUCAAUUAGCAUCAAUUUUAACUCCAUAUAAUCAAUAUGAAUUGUAUUCGCAAGGUAUCUAUGACCUUGUUCUAGCUGGACAUUUAGACCGUGCUGAUUCGGCGUUAAGAAACGAAAGUUUCAUUGAACAAGUGAAUGAAUUUCGUUCGAUGAUUAAUUCGGAAAAGGAAAAAUCAUUCGUUGCAUCGAGAUUCAUGAAAAUAAAUGCUCUGCUUCAGCUAAUUUCACCAUCGCCAAAUCUACAUCAAACGGAGACUACGACAACCAUGGAUGCAAACCAAUCAUCAUUAUCUAACGCAUCUAAUUCCCACAAUAUGAACGAUGAUCACUCGGAGGAAUACAUGGGUUCGGUGUGUUGUCCGCAGCAUGCUCAAGAUGUAGCCAUGGUCAGAUUCACACCCCGCCGAUCACUGAGCUAUCAAUCAUCUCAAUUUCUUACACCUGAUCCACGUUCGAGACUAGGUUCAACUAGUAAUUCAUAUAGAAAAAAAUCUCUUUUACCUAGACAAAAUACGACAAAUAGCCUACCCGACCUAGGCAAUGAUACCUGUAUUCGCACAAAUACAUCCCCACCUUCACCUAUACCAUCUCCACCAUUUCACCUUAGUAGUUCCACGGAAACUAGUAAAUCUAAAUCGACUUCGAGCACUCGAAUGAGCACCAAACAAGACGAUGCAUUUAUAAGCAAUAUUUCUACCCUUUUGACUACCUAUGCAUCAGCACGUCAAUCCUCGACUACUGAACCAUCAACUAGUAGCAAUACGAAUGAAUUCGACGAAUUGUUACUAAAUAUUAAAACACUGGUUGAUGAGAAAUUAGCAACGAAGACUUCCAACGAUCCUCAUGUAUCUUCAUCACCUGAAUUGAAAGUACAAAGUCAUCGUAAAAACUUAUUCUCAUUCCACACGAAUUCGCUGCAACAAACCUUUAUUGGUGAUUCCAAUGAAGAACAGCUAGGAACACUACCGAUAUUUCAAUCUAACGGCAGGAUCGAUUCAAGUUAA